AUGGCAGCCAUUGCCCUUGUCCAGGAGCUGCUGCGGUCGCCUGAUGAGGUGAAAGCCGUUCUGGAAGCGACCCUCAUUACUUCUCCCAACCAUCUCGACCUAGACGCCCCGAAUCCCCGGAGGGAUGCGCAGAACAGACGUGUUUUGGCGGUCGUAUCGCACAAAGACGAUUGGGAUCUCACAGAGGAAGGAUGUCUGUUCAUCUGCAAGUACAAGCCAACGACAGACGGCCAGCAGGCCGAAGAACUCGAUGUCCAGCGCGUGCUGCCAGUCUAUGGGGAUUUUGGGAUCACAAUGAGCCAGUUGCAUCGGGGAAGAGGCGAAUUCCGACCGCCGACGCCUGGCUCGGUGAGCAAGAGCAAGUCGGUGUUGGACCAGCCUCAGCGUGCAGGACUGUCGCUUUCCAUCACGCCCGCCGAGGGCCUGCGACCCGACGUCCAACCGCCCACGUUCUACACGCACGAUGUUCAGGGGUUGAAGCACCUCAUCACCGAGUGCAAAAGGCUGAAGGACGUCUCUGAUGUGGACGCGAAUGCUGUGGUCAACCUUGCCCAAUCUACGACCCACUUCAGCUGGCUGAAGCCGUAUUUCACCAAACGAACGACGAUCGCUGCAUUGACGUCCAUGGCCCAAGAUCUCCGCCAGAUCAACCGCCCACUCCUUGAGCGUCUCUCGCCAGCAUGCGCGGGGCAAACGAGUGACGACCACGCCGACAUCCAGGUGAUGCGCGACGAUUGGAUCCGAAUCAGAGCACAGGAGAUGUCGAGGGAAGGAAGGAGAGCGCUUACACUCCGUCUGGGUACUUUCAAUGUCAACGGGAUGAUGCCCUCUCAAGAUCUGUCUGCCUGGGUGCAAGGAAACACCAGUUUCAAGAGCGUUAUUCCCAUUACUACACAGGAAGCCCCGUCUCUUCCUCCCGUUAAGAGCGUGUCGCCACUAUCGUUGGGCGAAGUCGUGGGAAACCCAUUUGAUUGGGUUACGCAUACAGCCAAGUCCAGCUCGCAAAUCGAAAAAGAGGAAGAAAACAAAGAAGAUCCUUCCCGUGUUGAUCUCGAAGACCCGGAAGAUCCAGAUCUAUUUGUUUUCGGCUUCCAAGAGCUUGAUCUCUCAACAGAAGCUCUGAUCUACUCUACAAGCACGCUCAGAGAGGACGCAUGGUGCCAUGCAAUUUUUGCUGCCCUCGGAGAGAAGGCGGUCAAAUACGAAAAGCUAGCCUCAAGGCAACUAGUUGGAAUGCUCAUCCUCGCGAUUGUGAAAAAGGGUCUCAAGGGCUGCUUUGGAGAGGUAAAGACGGCCUCAGCCGGUGCAGGGAUCCUCGGCGUCAUGGGGAACAAAGGUGGUACAGCUGUUCGACUAGCCUUUACGCCACCUGUCCCAUCGAAGGAGGGCAAGGCCGUCAUCGGCUCUCCAGGAUCGACAACCUUGACAUUCGUAAAUUCCCACCUAGCUGCGUUCGACGAGAUGGUCGACAAGCGCAAUUUAGACUUUCAUGACCUGUCAAGGCGUCUGGCGUUUGAUAACACGACCCCGAACAAUUCCUUCUCACCCGCUCUGUCUGACCAGGGAAGCGAUAAUGGGAAUAUUGCUAAUGAAGCGGGCAUCUCGGCUAUGGGUACUACGCCGCCGCUUUCAGUCUACGAGACGGACGCGCUAUUUUGGAUGGUACACCUCAACUACCGCGUCGAUAUUCCUGACAUGGACAUGAGAAGGAUACUUCGAGAUGAUGAGUGGGAUAAUCGCCCCAAGUUUGAGGCUUUGCUUCGGUUUGAUCAACUGAAGAAAGCCAUGCAAGCGAACAAGGCAUUCGCGGGAUUCCAGGAGUUUGAGGUCACUCACAUGCCGACAUAUCGAUUUAGCCCCGGAUUAGCAAUGGAUAAACUGGGCUACGAUAUCAAGCGAAAGCCUGCAUGGACAGAUCGAAUUUUGUACAUGCAUGGUCCAUUUUGCAAAAUCAACCAGCUAUCAUACACUAGUCACCCCCAAAUAAUGAUGAGCGAUCAUCGACCUGUCGCGGCUGAUUUUGUCAUCGGUAUCAAUCUUUAUGACACCGAAAUCCACCAACGGAACGUCCACAAGCUGUACAACGACGUCACCGAACUCGACGGAGAAGGUGCCCAUCAACGAGGAGGGCUGAAAGUCGAGGACACCUUCGUCGACUUUGAUAAGAUUUACCACGGAAAACCAGUAGAACGGAAACUCUUGGUCAAGAACGUUGGAAAGUCUCCAUAUGCCUUCCGAUUUGUCCCCAUUCAAGUUGAUUCCCCUAUUCACCCAGAAUGGCUCAGAAUACACCCCAUGGCUGGUGUUCUACUACCCGACGAGGUGACGGAAAUCAUUCUGAGGGCCUAUGUCGACGACACCACAGCUUCGAUACUCAAUCUACAACCCAAAGACCUAAGCGGGACGUUGAUCUUACACACUGUUCUUGGGAAGGAUCACUUCAUCUCGGUCUCCGGAGAGUAUCAGUACACCUGCUUCGCCAACAAGCUCUCGCGGUUGACCCGGCUACGCGGCUCUAUACGUUCGAUGGAAUCGCCGAACGACAUCCUACGUGAGAAUAACCCAAUCAACGCACCAAGAGAAGUAAUGCGACUGGUGAACUGGAUGAUGUCAAGCACAUCGAAUGUAGAUGGCAUGUUCGUCUCUCCUGGAGAUGAGUCCAUCGUGGACGAGAUCCGAGAGUGUCUUGACACAGGUGCAGAGUUCCCGUACUCUGCCUCUACGUCGGACCCUCGAAUAUCUGUCGCAUUUGCUUCUACUCUCCUACGAUUCCUUGACGCACUCCCCGAGCCGAUAAUACCUGCCUCCUUGCACCCACAAUGCAUUGAAAUGUCUAACCGCGAUGAAGCUUUUGAACUCCUAGAUGCUUUGCCGCCAGCAUCUGUAAAUGUGUGGAUAUCGGUCACAGCAUUUUUGUACUACAUAUGCCAGUCUUCCGGCGCUGAAAACCUGGCGGUGCAAAUCGCCGCGAUUUUAGCGCCUAUCCUGCUCAAGGAUGAUCCAAAUUCCCCCAUCACACCCAUAUCGCCCAAGGCAAAAUCUAAAUUUCUGUUGAUUCGAAUGAAAGGAGGCAUCUUCCGUACUUGCAAUGUUGAGUUUCUGAGCAUUACGACACCAGUACGGCGCAGUACGGCGCUCUUUAGCCCCGGUGCCGAUGAACCAAAGUGGAAGUUGGCACCUGCGUCCAGCCGAGCGAAAGCUAGAGGGGCGAUCUUUCCCACGUUACGUUCUUGCUUCCACCACUUUCCAUUGCUCGAAGUCGCGGCGCGCUCAUCUCGAGAGCCGCCGACUUCUCGCAAACACUCGUUACUCGUCCUCCCCCCUUUUCAAACUCCUAGCAUGACCAACAAUCACGCUCAUUUAGGCCUUAACCUUCCAGGCACCAGCCAGAAUCAUCGCAAUACACAACAGACCAGACCGGCAGAACCCCCUCAACAUCUCCCCACUCCUACACCAACGCAGAGUUCACCAGGGACGACUGCAGGGUCAUCCUCCGCUCACACUAUGCACCACGAUUCCACUCAGAACCCGCCGGCGAACCGUAUGGCACACAACGAGGAUGCACAGCGACUCCGAGCCUUUCAAGAGGAGAAUGCUCGAUUAAGAGCAGAAGUCGAGGCUCUCCGCAAUGCAUCGAAUCCCCGCGUCAACCCCGCCGAACAGCAGCACCCACAGCAACACCCACCUCCCCAAGUGAUAGAAGCAGCAUCCGAUUUACGUGCCCCUCAGCAAGUCGAGGCCGGGGCAGCAGCAGCGGCAGCUACCAUCAACCAAGCACCCACUCGCCAAGCCUUAUACGAAGAUGAGGCGACGGUGGCACGCAUUCGCGAAUCGCUGGCUGCCCGGAAGGAGGAGGAGGACGCCCGAAAGCCCCAAUUGCCGGACAUCAUCCCGGGCUUCAAGGCAAAUGCCCUUAACUUAGCCGUCCCACCAAAAGUUGACAAUGCCAUUAAGGCAUUUCAAUAUGUGCCCUACUCUGCUCUUACUACCUCCGCACGCCGCAAGGCAGCCCGAGGGGAAGAGGAGUUGGUGCCGAACGCGAAUGGUGGUUGGACUAUCAAGGGCCUCGAUCGCAAAGGAGAGACGGAGCUCGGAGAAUUGGAAUGGCUAGCAGCUGCGAAAGCAGCGGAGGAGCGAACCCGACACCACCACGGCAAUGCGAGAGCAGAUGCCCUCGCUAGCCAUCACCUCCUCGUAACUGACCUGGGCCGCCUACACGGCUGGGAAAUUGCUCUCGAGUAUGACAGGCAACAACGGGAUCUAUGGGCACGCUACCCUUCGCACGACAUAAGCACACUUGACCGUGACGCUCUCACAAUCAUCGCAACCCAAUACCUUGCACCAACGGCCACAAGGCAGUUACAUCGUCGUCGAACCCAACGAAACGGCUGGCCGAAACAGCGUCAACACAGCCGACAACCCGUAAACGGCCCCGAUUGUGCUUUCGAUGCGGCUUUGCAGGACACAUGCCAGCAGACUGCAAAGCCGAGUCCACAUCAGCUGGUCAGCCCGUCGCACCGUUCUCCUCUGAGUCCUGCAGCAAGAACACUCUCCUCGCCCCCAACAACAAGCCCUUCUGCUUCAACUUUGCCAAGGACUCUUACUGCCCAUUCAAAGAGAACUGCCGAAACUACCACGGCUGCAGCCUCUGUGGUGGAUCGAGCCAUGGAGCAGCUGCCUGCCGCGUCCGAGCCUGACCCACGAACUGUCUUUACCCCGAUCGACGCAUCAAAAGCAGAAUCUAUCUUACGUUCAUUUAAUCUCUACAAUACCUGGCAGCAUGUAAUCUUUGGUCUCCAGUUCAUAGCAUCGUACAUCGAGAGCGAACAUGCAAUUGGGCGCUACUCACGAGCAUACUCACCAGAGGAGCUCGAGCAGCUAAUUGGCCCCUUUCGCACAUCACCCAUUGGCUUAGUUCUCAAGCCCAACUCGUCAAAAUACCGCAUGAUUCAGGACCUCUCCUUCCCACGCAACCAUCCAUCGAUCCAAUCCGUCAAUGCUGGAAUCGACUCGGACGAGUUCCCUACUUCUUGGGGGUCAUUCGAGGCAGCCUCCGAGCUGAUUCUCAACCUUCCGAUAGGCUGCCGUGCGGCGACAUUCGACAUUUCGGCGGCUUAUCGGCUCACCCCCAUCCGACCCGACCAACAAAACGCACUCUGCAUCCUUUGGGAUGGAAAAGUCCGAGUCGACAGAGCAGUCAUGUUUGGGAUGGCGUCAAGUGCCGGAGUGUUCGGUUGCGUGGCAGACAUGCUAGUCGAUAUCUACAAGGCAGCUGGAUUCGGGCCAUUAAUCAAGUGGGUCGACGAUUUCUUCGUGGUACAGCUACCAGGUGCGACAUGGACAGAGGAAGACUUCACCGGCCUCACAGCAGCUAUGGGGGUACCAUGGAGUGCCGAGAAGAUUCGUCCGCUCGCACAGACACAACGGUACAUCGGGUUCGAUUGGCACCUCCACACGAAUGGUGUCCGGGUGCUUGCCAGCGAAGCAGCAAGCCUCCAUGGCAAGUUAAUUCAUAUCUCCUCGAUCUUCCGCCUCAUCCGCCCUUUCCUACCGGCCCUAGCUCGCUUCGCCCAAUCCUUCCGUUCACACCGGGCACGCCUGCGACCCCCGCCUUCUGUCACAGGCGACAUUCGUUGGGUCCUCGAUCUACUCAACAUAACACCCAACGAAAUACCGUUAAUGCCACCCGAACCCACCGACAUCGACUGGUGGGGCGAUGCCAGUACCUCUUUUGGAAUAGGAGUAACAGUGGGCUCAUUAUGGGCGGUGUGGCAGUGGAAAGAGGGCAUCAAGAUUGGCCCGAAACAGCGUUUCGACAUCGCUUGGGCAGAGGCCGUAGCCGUCGAGCUUGCCCUUCGUCUCGCCUUGGAAGCAGGCUUGCUCCACCCAGGGCAUUACCUUGUCAGGUCCGACAACUCAGGUGUAGUCGCAGUGCUGAAUGCGGGACGAGCCCGGAACAGGGAAGUCAACGAAGUACUAAAGAGCAUUUAUGUGCUGCUAGCACGUCAUGCCAUCCAUCUUUCGCUCAUCCACAUCUCAAGCCGAGCCAACGUCACAGACGCCUUGUCGAGGGGGGAUAUCCCAGCCUUCCUGACCGGGUUUCCAAAGGCCAAAAUGAGGAUGGUAGCACCACUUCCCCCACACCUUUCUGGCUUACUAACACCCCACCACUCCGACAUUCCGUGCCUCCGCCCUUCGCCCCUCCGGCCGGCAUGCAGAGCUGAGGAGAGGUUGUUCCGUUGGAAAGGUGUAAACACCCCACCACCAUCGACAAUUGACCAUCCGACGAUCAAACUCAUAGCAGACAUCGCAUCGAGAGCAUCACUACGAGACACCAAGAGCUACGGCUCGGGCUUACGCAAGUUCCAUAUAUUUUGUGACACUUUCUCCAUUCCAGAACACCAACGCCUACCAGCAUCUUACGAACUCCUCCACUCAUUCGCAUUAUGGGCAGUCACAGACCCAAAUGCCCUAGACCCAUCAUUUUGCAGCAACAUCGCCUUUGAACCAGUCUCAGUACCCACAAUUCGGAAAUACCUGUCUGCGAUACGAGCAUGGCACAUUGCACAAGGAUGGCCUGAACCCCUCUCGGAAAGUGACCAGGAUCGGAUAGAUUGGUCCUUGCGGGGCCUCCAAAACAUCUUUGGUAAACGCAGCCGACCUGUACGCCCACCAAUUACCAUUCCUAUGCUACGAGCUCUCAAGCGGACCCUCAACCUCAAUGAUACCUUUGAUGCCUGUGUGUGGGCGAUGGCAGCAUGUGCUUUCUGGGGUAUGAUGCGGUUCGGCGAGGUGUCAGUCAAAUCCCGCAAAGAUUUUAGUGGUGAUAAACAUCUUAAACGUCGAGACGCCUUCCUCGGGAGAGACCUGGAUGGUCGCCGGUAUGCUCGCCUUGACCUUCCUUCAGCCAAAACAGCAGCUGUUGGGGAAAUUCAAUCAGUAUUUCUAGCAACACAAUCGACAUCCGACUUGUGCCCACUGGAGGCCUUGCAUAACAUGGCAAGAGUCACGCCCGCUACAGCAGAUGACCCGCUGUUCUCCUGGAGGGACAAGUCAGGUAACAUCCGGCCCAUGGUCAGGGAAAGGGCAUUGGAACGCAUCAAUGCCAUACUCCAAGCCUGGGGAUGGGGUACUACCUUCGGGCACUCCUUCCGAAUAGGUGGAGCCUCUUUCUACCUCGCUCAGGGUGUCGACUCUGAACAUGUCCGCCUCGCAGGCCGUUGGAAAACCACAGCUUAUGAAGUUUACAUUCGAGCAUUCGAACUCAUUACCAACCGCAGGAUGGGCAACAUGGAUGUGCCCAAUGUCCAAGCCUGA